CCCUGCUCUCACACCAUUCACUCUCCUCUCUCUUCCCCCCAGCUCAUUUGUCCUGCUUCCAAAACCCCUCCUUUUUGUACAGACACCCCACUCGCUCGCUGGCUCUCUCUCUCAGGAGUCUUCGCCAUGGCUUCCGAAUCUCUUCUCCUCCUUGGCUGUCUCGCCCUCCUCCUUCCCUUGGCCUCUCCGGGCUCCAUUCAUGAUCUCCUCCGUGCCCAUGGUCUUCCCCCGGGGCUCCUCCCCCGCGCGGUGGAGUCCUUCUCGCUCGACCCCCGUUCCGGCCUCCUCGAGGUCCAUCUCGACUACCCCUGCUAUGCCCGGUUCGACAGCCUCGUCUUCUUCGACCGCGUGGUGCGUGGAAACCUCAGCUACGGUGAUCUCCAUGGCGUCGUCGGCGUCUCGCAGGAGGAGCUAUUCCUCUGGCUCCCCAUCCGUGAGAUCCUCGUUACCGACCCCUCCUCGGGUGUCAUCUUAUUUGACAUCGGCGUCGCCCACAAGCAGCUCUCCAUUUCCCUCUUCGAGUACCCGCCGGAGUGCCAGCCGGGGAGGGAAGGGAAGAUCGUUCCCGGCAUCCGAGAAGGAUUUCGUGGCAGAGAAGAGAAAGCACUCGAGGAGCAACGAUGAGCGAGAAAUAAAAAGAUGCUUCACAUUUUAUCUCCCUGUCGCUCUUCCCCUGUUCUCUCUAACUUAAUAUGUGGUUCUUGUCUUCUACUCCUAAUAUGGAAGCAUUGGUGAGAUUGUAUCAGUGCAGCUGCUUUAGUUUAGUUCCCCCCUCUUGUUUCCUCUGUUCACAGAUCCAUGUGUCAUUACCAGCAUAUGUGAUAUUGGAGCGAUCUCCUCCUCAUCUUUACAAAACUUUGAGAGUGGGGUGUAAUAAUGAGAUGUUUAGCAACUAGACUUGAACAAAUGGUGCUUGAGAUGAGUAAUGGUAUGGCUAGAACCAGGUCUAUCAUACAUUAUGGAGGUACAUUGUUCCUCUUCCCUUCAAUGAGACCUUGGUUACAUGUUUCUUUUAGUGUAAGUUUAGAGGAUUGUAGCAACUCAACUGCAUGGAAUCGAAAGAAUUUCUUGCUAAAGGAUUUACUGUUUAUGCUAAUGAUGUUUGUUCUAUA